AUCAUCCGGAUGGGACCAGGGCCAGAAUGCCCAGAAAAGCCCACGUCUGGCCAGUAUGGGAGCCAGAAGGGAGGCUUAGGAGGGCUGAAGACUGUGAGCUUGGACAGGUAAGUGGAGAAAGAGCUAAUAGGAAAGUGUUGGAGUUUGGACAUGGAGUUCCUGAUCCUGGAGGCUGGCCUAGUGACUGGAGGCUGGGACCCCAAGAGGCCGUGGCCCGGGAGAAAUUGAAGUUGGAGGAAGAGAAGAAGAAGAAACUGGAAAGAUUUAACAGCUCCAGACUGACUCUGGACAACAUGAGAGACUUGGAAAACUUGAUUCAAAGACGAAGAAAAAAGCGACUGAGACACAAAGUCCCCCCCAGGGAAGCUGAGCCCGUGGUCGAGCCGCAGCCCCAGGUCCCACUGGAGCCUGUGGACCUGGAAAUGUUCCUGAAGGCAGCUGCGGAGAACCAGGAGGCCCUGAUUGACAAGUACCUGACAGACGGAGGGGACCCUAAUGCCCAUGACAAGCUCCACCGCACAGCCUUGCACUGGGCCUGUCUGAAGGGCCACGGACAGCUGGUGAACAAGCUGCUGGCGGCAGGGGCCGCUAUAGAAGCUCGGGACUUGCUGGACAGGACACCUGUGUUCUGGGCCUGCCGUGGAGGACACCUGGAUGUCCUCAAACUGCUGCUUAACCAGGGGGCUCAGGUCAACGCACAGGACAAGAUCUGGAGCACUCCUCUCCAUGUAGCAGUACGCACGGGCCACUCUGACUGCCUGGAGCAUCUCAUUGAGUGUGGCGCCCACAUCAAUGCGCAGGAUAAGGAAGGGGACACAGCACUCCACGAGGCUGUGCGCUAUGGGCACCACAAAGCUACGAAGCUGCUGCUGCUCUAUGGAGCCAAGUUGGGCAUGAAGAAUGUGGCCUCUCUAACACCAGUGCAGCUGGCCCGAGACUGGCAGCGGGGUAUCCGGGAAGCGCUACAGGCCCAUGUGGGGCACCCCCGGACCCGGUGCUGAUGACUAAAACCUGAGGGUCACUCACAGCCGCCAUUCCACACCCACUCUCCCACUCAUCCACCUCUAAGUGGUUCUCGGCCCCAGCCCCAAUUUUUCUCUGGCUUUGCUUCCUUGGGCCAGAAGCAGCAGGUAGAGCAGGUCCCCUGGGUUUCAGUGAGGGAGACCGUGUUCCCUGCCAGGGCUGGAGCAGAGGACCAUAGGGUAGCAAGAAGUGAAGUGGGUCCAGACGAGGGCCAAGGCCAGAGCAGGAUGUGAACAGACCAGCACUACCCACAGCCGGGUCUAGGCCUGUCUACCAAUCCUUCAAUCAGGAGACUGGCCUUGGCCUGUUCUGGAAGUAGAGACUCAGAUGUGACCAGCAGCUGCAUCCAGGGUAUAAGAGAAGAAACAGGCUACCUAAGUGCCAGGCACUGGGGCAACUCACUGCUGUCCUUUGGGUGGAGUUUCUCCAGGGACUCCAUUCCUAUCAGUAGCAACCCUGAGUGUGUCUGGAGUAGUUCUAGCCAUCUCUAGUCUCCAGAACUGGAGGGAGGGUUCUGGCAGGCUGAGGGGCAUGUCAACAAGAUUGAGGCCCCACAGAAGUCAGUACCUACCAGGUUGCCCCAGAAGCUGGAGGCUGAUGAGCUGGAACUAGUGUGUACUCUGGGGAAGUCCCACCUAAAGGCUUCAGGCAACCCUGCCUGUCUUAUGUGAGGGUAGAGUGUCAGGUGCUGGGGACUGCUUGUGGCCCACUCAACUUUUGGGGCGGCGGCCCGCAACCCUAGCUUACCCUAAGGCUCUGAUGCCCCCUGGUACUGGAGAAAGGGCCUGGAUUAGGCUCUGCAUGCCCUGCACUCUGAGUUCAGCACCUUGCUAUGGGGUGCAGCAACAACAGUAUACACACCUCUCCAGGCCCCUGUGCCAACUGGUGGUGUGGCGAGACCUUCGCACAGGCGCACGCUCCCUCUCUUCCAGCUGGGUCUCCAGCUUCACUGGCAAGGCUGGCUCCUUAGAUGCCAGGAAGUUGAUGAUAAAGCGCUGGGCCCUCCACUGAGGCCACAGGCUGAACAAAGGGUUAAAAGGUGAAGGCUUCGCCUCCCUCAGAUAGCCCUGAGCUGACACCCAUUUAGCAACAGUUAUUUUUAGUCUGAUUUUGGCAGCCUCUCUGGCCCUUGUUACUAUGUGAAAAUCCUGACCAGUGCUCCUCCUAGGGGCAUGAACCUUUUUAUGGGCAGGCCCUGCCCUGUCCUGACAGCCGGCGUGCACCUAGACAGACGGUGCCAUGAGCAAGACAGACAUUCAAGACUACAUGAUAUGACGACUCCUCAGGAAUGAGGACACUUAAUGGACACACAGCCACCUUUUUAUACACACAGAUCACUGUUUUCUCAUUAAACUGAUUAUCCACCACA